AUGUCUGACUCGACUAGGCCUACGCUGCCUGGUGUCGCGGGCGGUAGCGGGCCUUCGCGACCCAGCGGCUCCGAGCCUGCUGUUCCCAAGCGUAACAGCUCGAGGAUGCCGUCGAGCGCGUCGCCAGCCCAGACCCGCUCGAGCACCCGAGGCUCGAAUAAGCCUUCGCAGACGCCCGGGCAGACUACAAGAGGAGGGGGUACAGGUAGUGGUACGUCUCGAGGAGGAGGUACCUCGACGCCGAUGGGCUCCGCGCUCAAGAAAACCGCCCCCGUCACUGAGCCGCCCGUGCCCGCGCCGGACAGCGCGAUCAAGCAAGCUCUCGAGUCGACUACCGAGUCGACCUCCCGCUCAGCUAUCUCUGAGCCGCCUACCACAAUCGAGCCAGUUCCCCACUCUCCGGGACACACCUCUCAGGUCGCGGGCAAGGUCGUGUCAGCUCCUGGCACGCCUACCCCUACGGUUCGUGUACCAGCGGACCCCAGUCGUUCAGGCAAUACCCCUCCCGACGAUCAGCGAGAGGACGUGAAAGCCAAGAGCGGCGGUGAGACCACGGUGUCGUUCGCGGACGCAGAGAAAUCAGGAGCCGGCGCGCCUGAAGGGGAGAAGGCCGCCCUCCCGAGCUCUUCAACUACGCGGCCGCGAACGCCUUCUCCCCGCCCUACCGAUCGCCGCUCCCCUCCGACUCGCAUACCAUCUCCUACCCCGUCCUUAUCGUCUCUGGCGCGAGCGCCGUCCGCAGCGAGCUCAAGCGGAGGUAGCUCCACGCUACGUGGUCUCAAGAACUUCCUUACGACGAACUCUAACCUCCUGCGCCCCGAGUCGUUUGAGUCGGCUACUACCGCCCUGGCGAGUCGUCGAGACAAAGGGAAGGGACGUGCAGAACCUCUGCCUCCGACCGAGGAAACGCGAGCCUCCCCUCCGCGGGAUGAGCCUACGACAGUCCCAGUACCAGCGGUGGCUGACGACGAGCCGAUUACCGUGAAAACCAAGGACGACCCAUUCGACGAGCGCUCCAGCCGCAUCUUCCGCACGCGAGCCAUGAAAUGGAAUGGCCUACGUAACGAACCCUUGCACGUAUCUGUGAGGCGUUACCACAAUGAGCCCCGCUUCGACGUCUUCGCCAAGUUAGGGCUGGAAGACGUACCCACCGAGCUCCCCGUUGAGCUGCGUUUGAUCAAGGAUGCGUACAUUCGGUUCACGAUGCCGCAUAGGGAGCUCGUAUGGGAAGGGUCGUUGCAGGAGGAAUUGCUCAAGAUCGCCCGGCUCGAGAUCACUCGCUCGCAGGUUGAGAAAAUGGACUACUACGACGAGGAGAGCAGCGACGACGGGUCGAGCUCCAGUGAAGAGGACGAAGGUCGCGAGCCGGUCGAAAGGGGGAAGCCCUGGUAUUCUCUGUCAGCUGCCCUACUGGAUCGUCUAGGCCACGCCGUCCUUGCGACCGAACAGAUUAUCAACGCCCUGGCCCUCGCGGUGGACUACGAUAGCACGGAGACGCAGUUCCACUACGACCGGGACUUUAAGAAGCUUCGGCUGCUGGAAGUCGGCAAGGGCCGGGCUCAAGUUGUCUCAGUCGCCGCGGUGCUGUGCGCCCGCGCUACUUCGGCCAGGAAUCAUAUUGCGGCAUUCUUUGGCGUACUGCAGGCAGCGUCGAGGGACGGACCUCCCGACUCCGACCUCGCGGUUUCUACGGACAUCGUCUCUACUGUUACCGAGCUGCGUCGCCGUGAAGGGAAGGAACCCUUGUCGGCGGAGCUAGCCAAGUACUACGCGCGACCCGCCUACGCGAGAGCUAUCGCUAAGGUAGCGCCUAAAUAUGCGGAUCACCUGCGCGACAACCUGAGGGCCGGGCGUGUAGACGUGCCCGACAUCGUAGCACGCACCUAUAGCCUGCCGGCGUAUACGACAGCCGAUAUUCGGGAAGCCAUGGGGAGGAAGGCCGACGAGAACAAGAUUCACUACCGCACCGGACUCCUCAGAUUCGAUAAAGGUUCGGGUGUUUCCAAGCUGGCAAGGGAUCCUCCGCCCGCCCCGGUUGAGCGAGUCGAGGAGGAAGGAAGGACCGCCGAGAAUAGGGUUGUUGCCAUGACGAACAGGACUGAGGAUCGGCCUGCCCGAGUUCAAGAGCGCCCGACGUCCAAGACCGCGAAACCCAGUCAAAGAGAGGAGAGAGAGCGCAGGCAGCGGCGUGAAUACGAGGCGCUCAGCAAGCUGGGGGGCGCGCCGGGCACGAGUUUGCCCGUACUUCCAGGCGGGCCCUUGUCAGCGGCAGUUCUGUCGAAGAAUGUCCCCUCGCGAGCCUCGAGUCUAGCGCCCGAGGACAGUGUCAGCCAAGUAGAGGUUGGGGGGCCAUCGAUCACAACGUCGCGCGAGGUCGUAGCGUCUUCGACCCGCCUGUGCAUGACCCCCCUCCUCAUCACUCUAAGCGCGCUGCUGGAGAGGGAGAAGAGCGUCGCGGUAACAACCGCGCUACCGGGGGAGGAGGCGAGUCGCGCCGCGAAGGUCGAGACGGGGAGCGAGCGUCGUCGCGCAACCCUCCUCCUAGGCGGCCAACAUCGCCUGCCGCAGGCCCGCCCGGGCGAGGAGGCGGGCAACCCCCGGACGGAGGAGACCCGAGCGGAAGCGACUCGGACGCCGGCAAUGGGCGACGAGGCGGUGGACCACCCCGACGCGGCGGAGGCGGAGGUGACCCGGGCGACGAUGGUUCGGGAGGAGGAGGAGGCCGUCGUGGAGGUAGAAACCCCCGCGGAGGAGGCGGAGGCGGAGGACCUCCCGGAGGCGAUCCUCUUCCUGGCGCUGGCAGGGAACGACAUCGAGUACAGCGUCAAGACUACGCUGAAUCUUUCGGACUUGCCUUCAUGGGACGGUCGCGACAUCAUCACCUAUUUCAGCCGUAUUACUCGGAAAGCCGCGCUCGGAAAGAUGAUGCGGCGGCAGAUGGCUCGCCUCCUACCGCAGCUAUGGACUGGCGAAGCGGAACAGUGGUUCAUAGCCCUACCUGUCGAGGAUCGUAUGGAUAUGACUCGCAGCCUCGGCGCGCUGCUGCGACGACUUCGCAAGCGUUACCUUACACAUACCUGGAUUCAGCAGCACACCUACGAGUUCGAGAACAUGCGCUUCCGACAAAAGGGUCAAGAAAAGGAGAGCCCGGAAAACUUCAUUCGACGUCGUUACCGAUUCAGCAUAUUCCUCUACCCGGAUGCCCUUGAUGGACCUACGGUAGUCGGACGUUUGCUCACGACGGCCCCGUACAGCUGGAAGACACACAUCCAUGAAUCCUUCGAGAAUUGCAACACUGUCGGCAAGCUGAUGGACAGAGCGCGAGACCUGCAGCAGGUUCUCCUACAAGCAUUCCACGACGCGCUCAAGGACCCGGGAUUCCGGCAGUACAAUCGCAUUGCCUCUCCCGGGUCGACCUUCCGGCGUGGCAGACCCCGAGAGGGUAACCUCGUCGACUACGAGGCCAUGCAGGUAGCGACGGAGGAAGUCGACCCGGUCUUGUCGGGCUACGAAGUCGAAGACCCAGCUGAAGAGGAGGCGGAAGCGCUCGUGGCGUCGUCCAGCAGGCCCAAGCCUAAUUCGGGGCUGCGAGCCAGAGACGUCCCCGAAACCUCUUGGCCCAAGGGUCGUACGGAGAAGGGGUACAAGUUCGAGCGAGACGAUUCUGUCGCCAGCCCCCGACCGCCGAAGGGAGGCUGCUACAUCUGUACAAGCCCGAAGCACUACGCGAUGGACUGUCCGCAUUUCAAUCAAUGGAAACGACUAUACCGCAUCAACUUGGUGGAUCGGCAGGUGGCAUUAGCGACAAUUCAGGAGCAGGAUAACGAGUACGAAGCUAUGUUUACCGAGUGGCUGCAACAGAGCGAGAGUUCCGCGUAUGUCGUGUGUGACAGCGAUGAGACUUCUACCGUGCCCGCCAGUGACGCUGAGUCGCCGUUCGAUUGCUCGAGCGCUACGGAAGGCGAGUAUUCCUCGGACAGCUCUGAAGGCCUCUUCCAUCUUCCACGACACCGCAACGCCGCUCGCAGACGAGCGGACCCUCGAUUCAAUGCUAAAAAGCGGAAGACCAAGAGUGCUGCGAGUAAAGGGAAGGAAGCCAUGAUAGCAGUCGAAGGGUCGAGUACGAUUCCGCGCCGCAUACGCCGAUUGCCUCGCCGUCGACUCACCGACGUUAUUUACGACGCUACGAAGGCGCGCAACGCCCCGGACGGACUCAGUUCCAGCGGUGUCCGCGCCCUUCAUAUGCCCGUAUGGCUACGCUCGUUGAACUCAGAACCUACGGACGGGCGACUGGACUCCGGCGCCGACAUCACACUGCUGUCCGCGCAACACUACGAGUCCUGGCCCAAGGACGAACGCCCCAUUCUGAAGGAAGGACCGCGAAUGAAGUUAUAUCACCUCACAGGACAGACGAAGGUGUUGGGCUACGUUAGAUUCCCUCUCUUUGCGGAAGCGGAAGACGGCAGCUGGGUGCGCUUCGAAGUCGAAGCCUACGUCGUGCAGGGCAUGCAAGUUCCGUUGCUCCUCGGCGAGGACUUCCAGACCGCCUACGAGCUGGGCGUCCGACGAUCAGCCUCCAGCAACUGUAAGAUCGACGUCGGAUCCUCGGGCAAGGUCCUCGCCGCGUCGUCAGCAAGGGAUACCUCCCCUGGGUUCAAGAUCCGUAGAGCCAAUAACGCACGAACCUUCAGGCUGCCUAAAACUAAAGCAGGCGCGCGGGCUCGAUCUAGGAGAUUCCCUGGCGGGAUGCCGGAGGUUACAGCCGCGCAAGACGUGGUUUUGGAGCCGCAAGCCGUCCAUAACGUGCCGGUGACGGGACCGUUCGAAGGCCGCUCGGACUGGCUCGUUGAGAAGGUCGCCAUAGGAGGGAUGGACGCGUCCUUGAUGGCGUCUCCCACCACCUGGAUUGACGUCGCGGAUGCUCGCAUUCCCAUCGCCAACCCUUCGAAGAGGCCGCAGUAUAUCAGGAAGGGCGAUGCGCGACCGGAGAAGCGCCUUCUCGAGAGGCCAGGGAGGAACAAUGGGGACCGAAAACGUCCGAGCUCCCCCCAGACCCCGAAGCCCUUCAGGACGUGGACAUAG